CGUCGGGAUCCCUCGGUGGGGCCACCCCCGGGUCCCGCUCUGUCUGCGUGGUGUCCCCUGGGCAGGGCCGGAGCUGCUCCUCCUGUUGUGCAAACAGGAAUGGGGCGAUAAGAGCACCUCGGGCACAGCCCUGCGCUGCCAACGAGGGCGUGCGCGCCCCGGGCCGGCACGGUGUGGCAUGGCGCGUCCCCAGGGCCGGGGCACAACGUCACCGCAGUGCUGCUUUCGUCGUCCCCAGCACUGCUGAGCCAAAUGCUGCAGCGGCUUCGGAGCCUCGUGCCCUCCUGAGAGCUGCAUUUGGGGCUGGGAGGGGCAUCGUGCCCUCAGUGCACGGCAAAAGCACCUGGAGAAUGAACUGGGGAGGUGCUGCGGCCCCCCGGGGCUCUGCCCCAUCCCUGCUGCUCGGCUCUCUCCUUAGGGACAAUCUGUGGCCAGGAAUCAACAUCACAGCCCCAGCCCAGCUCAUCCAUAGGCGUCACCACGCAGACACAUGAGGUGCCUUCACUCAGCUCAGGGACAGCUGAACCACAGACGGUGGCACCGGACACAGCUCCCAGCAAAGAGAGCUCAACACCUCCAUCUCCACUGCACACCACUGCAACACCGUCUUCAACCGCGACCCCAAGCACUGCAGCAGCUGAACCUCCCUCCAGCCCUGCAGGAACACCAUCUCUGCCCAUGACAUCGGGCUCAGCUCCACUGACCACAUCGGCCCCAUCCAACCUGACCACGGUGUCCAACCACACGUGGUCCCCAGGCACAGCAUCGGCCCCAUCCUCUCCUGGGCAGCCCACCCCCCCUCCCAGCUCUGCUGUGCCCACCGCCAGCCCCGCUCCUGGCACUGCCUCGGCUCUCAGCUCCAGCACUGCACAGCUGCUUGGGACUGGCAGCCUGGCACAGCCCUCCUCCAAAUCCAACCCCGGAGUGGUGGUGGUCGUCUGCCUCUUCGUGGCUGUGCUGGUUGGGGCCGUGGCCAUACUGCUGGUGCGGCUGUGCCGCUGCGGGAAGCCCCACUUCCAACGGCUGGACGAGGUGCCCAUGGGCAAAGUGUCAGAGGAAUCCCCCUUUGCCCGUCACCCCCCCAGGUGACCCCGCUGUGCCGAAUAAAGACGCUGCAGCCCUG